AGAAAAGAACAAAACCCAUCUCUGCUUUUGCUUUGUUUACUAGAUUUUUUCUACUUGCCCCUUUAUUGGUUAAAUUCAUUUGGUGUGGCUUUUUGAAUGGUACAAAGGGUUUGAAAUUUAAGUGGGUUUCUGUUAUCAGGAUCUGGGUCUCACUGUGCUUGAUUUGCUUUUCCCUGUUUUCACUCCCUUGGAUUCCGGUUGUGGUUUGCUGUGUAGAAAAGUGGUAGCUUUAUUGGUAUCUGGUAAAGGUCUUGGCUUGUUUUUAAGUCAGGGGGUUUGGGUUUUGGAGUAGAGUUUCUAUUUGGUGGGUUUUGGCUUCUGGGUCUUGAGAAUUUAGUUCAUCUCAGUUGUGGGUUUUUUCUUUCUUUCUGAAUUUUGAGUUGGUUCAAGUUCUGGGUUAGCUGCAAUUUCAAGGUUUCCUUUCCUGGGUGUUUCCAUGGAUUCCCCUCAAUCUGUUGUGUCUCCGUUCAAAACCUCUGUUGUUUCUGAGCCUGAGAAGCAGAAAUCUGACUGUUCUGUUCGCACCAACUCUGGACCAUGUUCUAAUGGAAUUGAGUCCAAUAGACAGGAAACCAAUGUUUGUAAUGUAGAGGACUUCAUUGGUGUUCUUGAGGUGUAUGUUCAUCAGGCUAGGGACAUCCAUAACAUCUGCAUUUACCACAAGCAAGAUGUCUAUGCUAAGCUAUGCCUGACAAGUGAUCCAGAAAUUACGGUAUCCACCAAAACCAUUAAUGGUGGUGGUCAAAAUCCAGUCUUCAAUGACAAGGUCCAGCUCAAUGUUCGGACUGUUGAUGGCUCCAUCAAAUGCGAGAUUUGGAUGCUGAGCAGGGUGAAGAAUUAUCUUGAAGAUCAGUUGCUGGGGUUUGCUUUGGUGCCUAUGUCAGAGGUCCUCAUCAAGAAUGGGAAGUUAGAGAAAGAGUUCUCUCUUUCUUCAAACGAUCUCUUUCAUUCCCCAGCAGGGUUUGUGAAAUUGUCUCUCUCUUAUGCUGGAGAUUCACCAGAAGUGAUGUCCUUGCCUUCAAAUCCUAUUAUGGAGGACACAGAGAUAACUGAUUCUGUUCAUUGUGAAGAAUUAGAUAAGAUGGAGUUCCCAGACCCGGAUAUUGCCAAUGAAGACCAGCUGAUGGUUUCAGAGUAUAUUAAGAUCCCAUGUUCGGAGUUUGAGUCUCAGAGCUCUGAGAGUUUCGUCACUGCUGAUUGUGAAACUCAUGUUAGUUCUGAAGUGGGCGUUCAAGCAGUAGAAAGCGUUUCGACUGCUGCAUUUGGAUCUAUUCAGGCUCAGAAGCUUGACUCUCCCCCGAGCAGUGUGUCAACUAAUGGGGUUUCAUCUCCAUCUGUCCAGGCAAGCUCAGAGUCAUUUGACACUCCUGCAUCUCCAAAUCAGGAACAAGUUUCGGCCUCAGAAGAGAAAAAGGCAGAUCCUAAAGAUGGCGAGACUGAUUCAUCUGGUGGGGUGCCAAGUGAUACAACCUCAAAACCUGUCGUCACUGUCAAUGUUCCAGAGCAAAAUGUGGUGCAGCAGGAUUUUGUAGACAUGUACAUGAAAAGCAUGCAGCAAUUUACUGAGUCUUUGGCUAAGAUGAAGCUUCCUUUGGACAUUGAAUCACCAACUAGUUCAGGAAAUUCGAGCUCUGAUCAGAAUUUAUCAACACCAAAGACAAAUGGCUCCCGUGUGUUUUAUGGGAGUAGAGCUUUCUUCUAAGCUCCUGGUUCGCUGGUUCAGAUGAAGACUCACAGGUGACUCUAGAUGUUAGAUGGGAGGCUAGUACUAGUAGUGAAGUGUAAUAAUGUGUUUUAUGUAUUGUUGUGCUUUCCUUUGUAUGUUGCGGUGUUUUAGAUGACUUGAAAUCUUGACUUGUACCUGUUACAAGCUUUGUCCUGUCACAACCUUCUGUUAGUAUAUAUGAACUAAUGUUAAUCUUC